AUGGUUUCCAUUCUUAUAACAGGAGCCAGAUGUGAGGAGAUGCACAGUGAAGUAUUUGCUGCAGAAGGCUCAGAUGUUGUACUACCCUGUAAAUACCCUGCAAUACUGAUCAGCAGUCAACCUGCGAUUGUCUGGAGUCAUAAGGAGAAAGGCACUAUUUGGAGGAAGGAACGGAAUGGUCUGGAAUACCGCGGCUCUCGAUGGUCCCAACGUGUGCAGUGCCCCCACCCACAGCUUGAAAGUGGCACAUUCAGCAUUCAGAUAAACAGCGUGACAGAGGAAGAUGUUGGACUUUAUUCCUGUAAAGUGGACCUUAGAAACCAAGUGAUUGAAAAGCAGGUCAUGCUCAGACUUAUUAAAGUGUCCUUUUCUCCACCGGCUCCCCUCUCUGGGACCAACACUCAACUGUCUUGUGCUUUGAAACCUUGGCGUCAUGGAGUCUCUGUGGAGUGGAUGUUAAACAACAACCCAUAUUUGCCUCAGGCUAAAACCGGCCUGCAUGGCGACAAAGUUUCAAGGGUUUUAAGAGUCACCGAGAAAGAGAGCGGAACCUGGACCUGCGUCAUGACGUACAAAGGAGAAAAGGGCCAAGCUUCAGCAGCUCUGGAUGUGAAAGGAAUCAUCCAACCACCCAAAGAUAACGCCAAGGUUUACGCUACUGUGGGGUCUCCGGUCACUCUCCCCUGUGUGUUUUCCUCUGGUUUAAGAACUUUGAGCGCAGGCUGGGAGAAAAUCAAUCCUGUGUCUCCAUCCACCCGCGAUCUCCAACUGCUUUCUUUGGCUUCGUCCUCACCUGAUCGGCUCCGCUGGGAUAGGUCUAUCCGUAUUAAUGAGGUCACAUACGAGGACGAAGGAAAGUACAGAUGUAGUGGGAAUGCAGAACAGCAAAGGCUGACUCGGACUUUGCAGCUCGUCGUUGCUAAAAUCGUCCGCUUAAAGCAAAAAUACUCAACGACGCUGACCUGCCAGCUGAGCGAUGCAAGCGAGGUCACCAAAUACGAGUGGGCUCAUGUGACCUACGAUGAAAAUGGCACCGCGAUUGUUGGGUCCAUCCAGAACGGGAAGGAUAUAAUCAUUACCGACGGGUCAGAGGAGAGCUGGGGCGAAUGGACAUGUAGUUUCUAUGGGCAAGAUGGCCUUUUGGGGAAUGUGACAUACAAUACUCAUCUGAUGAGUGGUCUGAGCGGACAGAAAUCCUCAAGCGCAUCAAAUAACACCGCCACAGUGUUCGGCCUCAGCUUUCUCCUCAUUGUUCUGCUCCUCAUUGUGGCUCAGAUGUACAAGAACCGCCAAAGGAGGAAAAGGAUCUUUCAGUAUCCCGCCCUGGAGACCAUUGUUCAUACCAUCUCCAACGAGCGGGAGGAGAGAGAAAGGAACCGGGAGAAAAUCUAA